AUGGACUAUUCGCACUGCAGAGACAUACUAGACGAGGAUAGCGAGGACGGCCAGCACCCAAAUAUAGACAGCCGCACAUUUCAGAAGUGGAAGAGAGAGAAGAAGGAAAGCGUGAAGGAGGAGCUGCGGUGCAGGCUGCAGGAAUUAAAAGUCAACGGAAAAGAACUGUCACCAGAGGAGGUGCAGACAAUCAAUCAUCUGCUCCGAGAAAAAAUAAUAGAGAAGCAGACAUAUACACAGAUGGCGUCUGCUUCCUCUUUAUUUGAGAUCGCCAUGGUGGAGACAGAAGUACCAGAAAUUCUGCAUCUCUUCAAUGUGAUUUGCGAGUCAACUAAUACGAUGGAGUACAUAAAGGCGCUUGAGUCUGCAAUAGAGACACAGCCUGCAGAUGAAGUUGAGGAGUACCUUUUGCACUGCAUAAAAUACAAUGUGGAAGAGAAAUACUUUGAGGCAACCCAGAGAAUAGCCCAGUGCGUGAUAGCGCUGGAGUACAUUAGAGUAAACAAAGGGUGCGUAAAUACCCGGGUCCUUGAGGCAAUUCAAAGAGAAGGCGCACUGUACUACAACAGAGUCCUGGAGGCAUACAAAGAAAAAGAACCCGAAAACCAGAGCCCAUAG